AUGACCUAUGAAUCCGCUGGAACUCCGGUCUAAUCUGUUUUGGAAGAUUUAGCUAAUGAAAUAAUCUACGAAAUAUUUGAUUAUCUUGAUAUUUUUCAUGUUUAUGAUGGAUUCAUUGAUCUUAACAAACGAUUUAAAAAACUACUGAAUAAUUCAAAUCUUCCACUUCAAGUCAAUAUUUCAACAAUGACAAAAACAAAUUUUCAACGUUGUUACAAAAAUAUUAUUAUACCAAAUAGACAUCGAAUAAACUAUCUUCGAUUAUCAAAUAUAUUUACUACUGAUAUUGUUUUUUCACCACCACGUUUAAUAACACAAUUUCCUCAAAUUGAAUCAUUGGUUCUUGAUAAUAUCGUUUAUCGAUCCUUUAAGAACAUUUCUACUUAUUUAACACAUUUACCUAAAUUACAUUCAUUAAUUAUUAGUUUUACUGAAAAACUUGAAUAUGAAAAUAUUCCAUUUGGUACAAUAUUUUCUUUAUCUAAUUUAAAAUAUUUCAAAAUUACUUAUCAAGAAACAAAUGAAUAUGAGCCACAUCCUAUUUAUUUUACUGAUUAUGGUCAUAGUUCUAUCGAACAUCUUGUGAUAAAUACUCGUUUUCAUGUCGAAUCAUUUAAUAAUUUAUUAUUUUGUUUUCCAAAACUUCGUCAUUUAAAAAUUGAUUGUCUUCGUAGUUCUUAUAAUACGGCAAACAAGAUGAACAAAGAAGAACCAAUUGUAUUAGAACAUUUAAAAUCUGUUUCACUCAAACUUGAUUUUAUUGAUCUUAAUGAUAUUGAAGAUUCAUUUAAAAAAUUCUUUUAUUUUGUUCAAGUUUUACAACUUACAACAAAUAGAUAUAGUUUUGAAUGUUUAAAUGCUAAAAAAUGGGAACAAUUAAUAUCAAUUUAUAUGCCAAAUCUACGUAUUUAUAAUGUAAAUUACCUUGGAUUUGGAUUAUCGAAUCAAGGAACAUUUCAUGAAUUAGUUGAUCAAUUUAAUUCUUCAUUUUGGAUUUCAAAACAAUGGUUUUUUACACAUCAACAUGAUUGGCAAGAAAAUUUUAAUUAUGGAAUAUUCUAUUCAACAGAUCCAUAUCGAAGUAAAGAUUAUACAUAUUAUUGGCAAUCAGAUAGACAAUCCUGUCCAUAUAUUCGAAAAACAAAUUUCAAAUCAGUUAAACAUGUUCUUAUUGAUAGUAAACGAGUAACAAAUAAUCAUGGAAAUUAUUUUCCAAAUACAACUCGAUUAACUCUUACAAAUAAUUUUGAAACACCUGGUAAUUUGUUUCCAAUGAUUCUCAAUCGUAUUAUUCCUUUAAAAAAUCUCACAAAAAUAGUUAUUGAAUCCUUCAGUUUUCCACUAGAACAAAUAAUCAAUUUAAUACGAUUUAUACCUAAUUUGCAUACAUUAAAAUUUAAUUUAUUAUGUUUUAAAAAAAUUAAAACAAAUAUAAUUGAACAAAGUCAAAUAUUUCAAUAUGUAUCAAAGACAAAUAAAAUAAAAUAUUUAGAUCUUGAUGAUGGAUGUUCAUUAGAAAGAAUUCAAUUGAUUAUGAAAUUAUUUCCAAAAUUAGAAUAUAUGAAAAUUGCUAUGAAGAAAAAAGAAACUAAUGAAAUUGUUCGAUUUAUAUUAUCAAAUAAUAAUAUUCAAACAGGUCCUUUAACGUUUUUAUGUAUGUCACGAUUACCAAGAAGAUGUUUGAAAGAAAUAAAUAUAUUAAUUAAAUCGGAAAACUUAGUUAAUGAUUAUUGUAUUAAAUAUGUUGAUCGUGAUUUAUAUUUAUGGUUGUAA